CCAUUCGCCAAUCCCCAACCCCAAGCGUAGUAACAUCGCGCGGAAGCACAAUCACUAGCAACAUGGCAAUGCGCAGGGUGGCGCCGCACAUGUGCUCGCUGCUUGUCGCCAUGGUUAAUUUGCUCCCUUCGGGGGGCAUGGCCAUGGACUCCAUCGGCAGCGUCUGCGGCGGGACCGCCUACACCGGCAGCGGCAAGGCCAGCGUCAACACCGUCCUGGCGGACCUCGUCGCCAAGGGCUCCUCCACGGGAGGCGGCUUCGCCACAUCCCACGCCGGCAAGCCCGGCAGCCAAGACGACGAAGUCUACGGCCUCGCGCAAUGCCGCGGCGACGUCUCCGGCAGCGACUGCUCGGCCUGCCUCGCCGACGCCGCCAGGCAGCUCCCGAACCUCUGCGGCUACGGGUCCGACGCCAGGAUAUGGUACGACUACUGCUUCGUGCGGUACUUGGGCACGAACUUCAUCGGGCAGGCGGACACGGGGUCCGGGGUGGUGUACGUGAACGUGCAGGCGGCGGCGGACAACCCCAGGGCGUUCGCCAAGUCCGUGGGGAAGGCGUUGCGGAAGGCCACGGCGCAGGCUUCGGGGUCGGGCGGUCUCGGGAGGGCCAAGGAGCUGCACACGCCGUUCGUGGUCGUCUACGGGCUGGCGCAGUGCACGGGGGACCUGGCGCCGCUGGCGUGCGCGCGGUGCCUCUCGGAGACGCUGUCCCGGUUCGGUUCAUACUGCGGCGGCGGCGCGCAGCUAGGGUGCCAGAUCAACUACAGCAGCUGCAGGCUGCGCUACGAGAUCUACCCCUUCUACUUCCCCCUCGACGACAGCGAUCGCGCCGGCUUUCGCGGCGCCACCGACACGGCUAACUACACCAAGAUUAUCGUGCACGAUUAGCUUAUGCUACGUACGUGAUCCUUGAGAUUUCUGAUGUGCGUCUUUGUAUUCAUGCAACACACACAUACGUCCUGGGAAUAAGCUGAGGACUAUGUAAGCUUUAGCCUUCGCAUGCUGCAACUGGGAAUAAUAAAUCUAAUAUCUUAUUACGGUUUUGCUAUUGAUAA